AUGGCGGUCGGCCUCGUGAGUCGGUUGUUUGUCACCGGCCUCCUCGCAGCGCUCGCCUGUCCGUGCUGCGUCGAUGGCCUAGCACGCGCGCGUGGCCGCGCCGGCCGUGGUCGCAGCGCAGCGAAGCCCAGCGGCGACCGUGCCGCACGCGUGUGGGAGACGCAAGCAUGGCGGUCGGCGGUCUACGACGCGCUUCGCGAGUACGACUCGCGUUGGCAGAGCCUCCUGCUCUCCGAGUGGCGGUCGGAGCAGGACCUGCUUCGUGAGCAGCUGAGAGAGUGGCCUGAGCGGAGGCUGGAGCGGGAGGGCUGGCUGCUCAAAGACCUGGAGGACCGAGCGCCGGCGAGCCAGGCCGCCGAGGGCGCGAUCGAGGGUGUCGUGUCGCAGCGCACGGCCACGGCGCUGCACAUCGUCGUGCGGCAGCUGCCCGCUCUGCUCGAGCCGGCAGCGGGCCGGCGGCAGGCCGCGACGGCGCACCCGUUCUGCCUCGCACGUGGCGCGUCUGCGGCCGCGACCAAGGCCGACGCCGGCGAGCUGCUCCAGCGGCUGAACCCGAGUCAGCUGUCGGUGGUGCGAGCCGCCCUCGCGCGGCGCUGCACUCUAGUGCAAGGGCCGGCGGGGAGCGGCAAGACGAGGACGGCUUGCUUCCUGCUGGCCGCCGCCGUGCGGAUGCGCCAGCAGCGGGAUGGCGGCGCCGGCGGCGUCUUGGCCGCAGCAGCCUCCAACGUCGCUGCCGACGAGCUGCUCGAGGGGCUGCUGGCGGCGGGCGUGUGCGCUGUCCGCGUCGGGCAGCCCGCGUCGGUGCGAGAGUCGCUGCGGAGCGCGACCCUCGAUGCGGCGCUCGAGCGGAGUGCACCCGUCGCCGCCGCGCGCGACAGACUCCGCGCCGCCCAGCGGAGCCGCCAGGCGGGCGGAGGGUCGGGCGGCGGCGUGUCGGAGGCGUUCCAGGCCGUUCGACGCGCCGAGGCGGCGGCGUCGCUGCGGCUGCUCAAGGCGGCCGAGGCGACGGAGCCGACGAGCCUGGUGCCGCUGCUCUUUGGCGCGCAGCAGCUGGUCCUCGUCGGGGACAGCCAGCAGCUGCCGCCCACCGUGACGGACAUCGCUGCGAGCCGAGAAGGCUUGGGCACCUCGCUCUUCGAGCGGCUGCAGGAGAGCGGCGUGCAGCCGCUGCUGCUCGACACGCAGUACCGGAUGCACCCCUCCCUCGCCGAGUUCAGCUCGCGCCGCUUCUACGGCGGCCUCCUCCGCUCUGCCGUUCGGCCCGAGGAGCGGCCUCCGCCCGCCGGGUUGCGCUGGCCGGACGCCGGCUUCCCAGUCGCCUUUGUGGCGGUGCGCGGGCCCGAGCAGCGCUCCGCGGCGGAGCCGGGCGGCGCGGACGCGCCACGCUCGCCGGAGGACGAGGGCGGCACCUCGUACUCCAACGCGGCCGAGGCGGAGGUGGUGGCGCGGCUCGUGCGCGCGCUGCUCGACGCGGGCGACCCGCGGCCGUGCGACUUGGGCGUCAUCACGCCGUACAACGCGCAGGCGCUGCUGCUGCAGCGCUCGCUGUGCGAGGAGGAGGUCGAGGUCAAGUCGGUGGACGGCUUCCAGGGGCGCGAGAAGGAGCUCAUCGUCUUCUCGGCCGUCCGCUCCAACGCGAAGCGGCAGCUCGGCUUCGUCGCCGACCACCGGCGGCUGAACGUCGCCCUCACGCGGGCCCGCCGGGGGCUCGUCAUCGUGGGAGACGAGGCGACCCUCGCGGCCGACCCGACGUGGCGAGAAUUGCUGUCCUUCUAUCGGCGCAGGCGCUGCGUGGUAGGGUCCGCCGACGAGCUGCUGCCGAGAUGCGAGUAA